GUCUCGCUCAAUGUCUCGUUCCAAAUCACGAUCGAGGUCCCGUUCAUUUUCUACGGGCUCUAGUAGGAGUAGAUCACGGAGCGUCAAGGGAAAACGCAAAGCAGGGAGCGAAAGUAGUAGAAGGAGCAGCCGGAGUCGAGACGAUAUGCGUGAUAGUCGUUCUAGAAGUAAAUCGCCACCCGGAAUCUGAUAGAUUACAAACCCAAGCUCAAAAAGGAACAUUUUCACUCAAAGAAUCUGUAUCCGCAACAAAUGGUCUAAAUAGUCAUCUUGAGUACUCUCUUUCUGAGCUGGCGAAGCGCUACGAGAACGCAUCUCUGCAUCAUCAAAAGGAGGUGUUGCUGUACGCAGCAUAUCCGCCUGAGACAGCUGUCAAGACCACCAUGUCCCAAGCGAUUCAACAGCUCGUUCUAGAGACCCUUGAUAAGCAUAAUACCAUUGAUGAUACCAGAAAGCUAAUCCUUCCUGGAGAGGCUUCUCCUGCCGCCACUCAGGAUGCACAAUUGGCCAUCAUCGCUGCACUCAACUCGCUUUUGUCGAGAAACGUGAACAAAUCGCAGAGCAAGGGUCUCAUGAAGCCCGAGUGUGGGCAGCACUCUCUGAGAAAGGAGGGAGCCCUGUAUCGAUCAGAGAUCUCAAGGCAAAAGUUGGCGAUGAAAGCUCCAAAGUCGGACAAGGUAUCCAGUAUCCAAGAUGCCACCCAGGAAGAAAUGAGGGAAGUCGCGUCCACGGGCACACUGGCGGCAGGAGAUAAAGCCCUUGCCGAGCUUAAGAAACGAAAGCUGAUAACCCAAAGGUAUGUUCGCUUAUCCCGCGGCUCAAUGCAUGACUCAUUGGAUACUCAGGAAGGGCCAAUGGUUGCUGAUGAUUUGAGGAUGAAGAAUAAUUCACGCUGCCUUCAGGGGGUCAUGGAAGACAUCUACGAAUAUUUUCUUGGAGAUGGGUUCGUGGAAUCUGGGUUCUGGAACUUUGAUACCUUGUUCGUGCCGCAACAACAUCCAGCCAGAGAUCUUCAAGAUACCUUCUACAUCUCCGACCCCGCAGUCUCGCUACCACCCCCGAAGGAGUAUUAUGACAAAGUCUCAAAAGUUCAUGCGGUCGGAGGAUUUGGCUCAACUGGUUAUCGUGCACCCUGGUCCGAUGAGGACUCGCAAAAACUUCUCUUGCGGACACAUACUACUGCCCGAUCCGCUUAUAUGUUAUACAAACUGGCAACACGGCCAAAAGGACCCAAUGGCGAAGAAGGGGGGUUCAAGCCCGUCAAGAUGUUCUCUAUUGAUCGCGUAUUCAGGAAUGAAGCUACAGACGCUACUCACUUAGCAGAGUUUCAUCAAGUUGAAGGUGUUGUUGCUGAUAGAGGUAUCACGCUUGGUGAUCUGAUAGGUGUGCGCGAUCCUGAAUCUCGGGCGCAUCUUCACUCAUCGAAUCUAUAG